CAAGAAGGGGGCUAGGCUGGCGAACUACAUCUGAUGUUGCACAGCAGUCUAUACCUUGUACGACCAGUCCUGUCGGGCACAGUCGGUAUCAUGACCGCGUGAAGGGUUACAUUUCCCUCUGAAGUUGCCUUCUAUCGGCCAAGUAGCGCACCGGCACUUAAAUAGUUGUAGUUCCCAGCACUGAGUGCCAGCACCGAGCGUUUGCAAACCCGUCGUCUCCCGUCCAGUUGGCUUGCUAUCCAUCCAUACCGUUCACUGCUUCUCUGUAAUGGCUAUCCGUUCAACCAGCUGGUCUAAACAUGUGCAUCGACACGUCGUUGAGCACCCAGCCGGCAACAAUUGCAAUGCUUAUCCGUAUAACGCAUGUAUUGGUGGGCAAGAUUGCGAGGCCACCACCGAUGACAGCGAUACGGACUCUUCGACAUUCGGCUCCCAUAUUCGCCGAGGCAUUGGAGCUUGUUGCCAUUCCACUUCAAGGGCUCGACAUGGCUGCCCGCACAUUCUAAAUUACGCCCAUCCUCUAGCCGAGGGAAUGCACGAUCACCACUACCACCAACAAACCUCCAGCACAAGCCAUUGCAACCGCACAGCUCAAUCCCACUCCUUUGAGAGCUAUCCACCCCAUCUUGCCUGUCACAGUCAGGCCCACGUUCAGCAGCACAGGCACCAUCAUCACCAUCACCAUCAGCAAUUGACUCACUCUACGCAUCAUGAUGGAGCAAGGGAGAUUAGUCAAUCCUGCACCUGCAGCCAUACAUAUGGAACUGAGACUCAUGCUCACGGUGGUGGAUACCGGGGUUGUCGUGGUUUGACACGGGGGUGUCUGUGUCGGCGGCCGUAUGGGCCUCCGUUGCCGGGUGGGUUGCUGUGCGUGGGUAGAGGAAGGGUGGGAUGUGUUUAUAGGAGGUAGACGAGUUCUUAUCUCGAGUCUGGGUUUUCUGGUUUUGGUCUUUUGAAAUAUCUAUUUGAAUUUGUGCGUUAUUUGACAUUUAUUCGUUCAACGGGGUAUAAAAGCG